AUUUCGCAAUAUUCACAUGUAUAGUGUGUCAUUUGAUCCGGCGAAGCUUGUCGCCGAAUGCGUUGACACAAUUCGAGCAGUCACUGAUGCUCCGUUGGUUAAUUGUGAUAUUGCACUACAGUCACUGCUACAAAUUUUGAAACCUCAUUUUGGAACUUGCGAAAACUUUAUCCAGCUGGGAAAAUGCUCGGAGAGCUUUAAAAUCAACGUGGAAACGUGUCACGAUCGACGUGUACUUGACGACGCGGCCGCUUCGCUUUUCGACAUUUUUCAGGAGAAACAAGAGCUCAGCUACUCUGCGGAGCAGGAUGACGAGGCAAUUUGCACACAACUCGAUGCUUUUUGUGAUAUUGUGAAAAAGACAGAUUCCCGUAUUCCGCUGGCGGUAAUUUCAGCGAACAAUUGGGAAUGGCUGACACAGUUGUUAAUUGUUCUGCAAACGGACCAAAACGACACCGUCCGUGAGCACAUUUUGAGCGCUCUUCGUGUGCUCAUGGAGCAAUGUGGUGAGCCCGUCAAACGGAGCCUACUCGACACACAAUUAUCGAUUACACUGGUUCCGCUGACGCAAAAAUCUAAUGGAAUUCAAAUUCCCGCGCUGAAAAUCUUAGCGCUCAUGUAUUCGGCAGAUGACGUGGCGAUUCCACUGGAGCAAAUGGACUACCUCAACACUGAAUACUUUCGCCGUCUGUACCGUCAAAUUGGAGAUUUUCACAAAAUAGACGUACUCGAGUUGUGCACAAAUUUCAGUUGGCUCACCGAGCAACAGCAAGGCUCCGCCCCCUUAUCGAUUUUUCAGCCAAUCAGCGAGGAUCCGUAUUCGUGUGCUCAAUUUGGUAUUGAAUUGAUUCAAAAGCUUAAUAAGAAGUGUUCAGUCCGCCCCCUGAAGUUUCUGAGCCACGUCAUUGAGCUCGGCGAGGAGGUGUUGAGCAAAAUGUUCUACGAGAAUGACCUGAAAGUGUUGGCUCAUGUAUUGGCUAGAGAAUCAAUAAAUCAUGAUGACAAGCAGGUCCGUCGCCUGUGCCUGACCUCUCUCCAUCUGCUACUCGCCACAAAAACCGUCGGCUCCGACGAGGAUAUUCAAUACGCCUUGGAUAAUUUCGAUGAUAAUUAAUGGCCGUGUAUGCGCCUUUAAAUUUAGAUUACUGUAGCUUCCCUCUCACUCGCUUUGUGCCAUUCCGACCCUUCGCUGUUAGUGCAAUUUUCAAAAUUUUUCAGUUAUUUUUUUUCCAAUAAACCUUU